AUGCCUCGUCAGGAGAAGACGAAGGGAAGAGGGACAAAAAGGCCAAAACUAGACUGGAGGUUUGUUCAGAGGUUCUGCAGCAUCCAGAAGGUCCUGUUCCCAUCAUGGACCAGUCAAAGUGCUCUGAUGUUCGGGACGCUGCUCGGUGUGACUCUGGCAGAGCAGCUGAUCAUUUACCAGGUGGGCAUCCUCCCCAGUCACUUCUACAAUGUGCUCGCAGACAAAGAUUACUCCGGCUUCAGGAGUCUGGUGGGAACAGCUGUGGUGCUCAUUUUGCUCAACUCCACACUGAAAAGUCUCGACCAGUACAUUUGUAACCAGAUGUACGUCAGCUGGAGGAGGACGCUGACUGAGAGCCUCCACUCGGCCUACUUCCAGGGCAGAGUCUAUUACAUCCUCAACGUGCUCAGAGAGGACAUAGAUAACCCCGACCAGCGGAUCAGUCAGGAUGUGGAGAGGUUGUGUAAGCAGAUGAGCACCAUGGCUAGCCGCUUGAUCAUCUCACCAUUUACGAUUUCCUACUACACCUACCAGUGUUUUCACAGCACCGGCUGGAUCGGUCCUGUGAGUAUCUUUGGAUACUUUGUCGUUGGAACGAUCGCCAAUAAAAUCCUCAUGGGUCCGAUUGUGUCGACCCUGUUUGAACAAGAAAAACUGGAGGGAGACUUCAGAUUUAAGCACAUGCAAAUCCGCGUCAAUGCAGAGUCUGCAGCUUUUUACAGAGCAGGAAGAGUCGAGCACAUGAGAACGGGCCGAAGGCUGCAGAACCUGCUGCAGACUCAGAAGAGUCUCAUAAACAAAGAACUCUGGCUUUACAUUGGAGUAAACACCUUCGAUUAUCUCGGAGGUUUCCUCAGCUACAUUAUAAUUGCCAUUCCCAUCUUCACUGGUGUUUAUAAUGGGCUCAGUCCCGGUGAACUUAGUGCACUCAUUAGUAAGAACGCCUUUGUGUGCAUCUACUUGAUAAAUGGCUUCACGCAGCUAAUAGACCUGUCGACGACUCUGUCAGAUGUGGCUGGUUACACCCACAGGAUCGGGGAGCUGAUGGAGGUGAUGGAUGACAUCCUACGAAAGCAGUGCGACUACGAUCCUGCAUCAGGGGAGAGCUACGACUUUGACAGCGACUUCAACGUCCACGCAGACCCCGUGGACACGGCCUUCGUCUUGGACCACCUCUCCUACAAAUCUCCGUUCUCGGAGCAGCUGCUGGUGGAGAAUCUGAGUCUGAAAAUCAGUCAGGGGACUCAUCUGUUGGUGGUGGGAAACACGGGCACCGGAAAAACAUCACUACUGCGAGUCCUCAACCGCCUCUGGGAAGCACACAGCGGUUUUGUUCAAAUGACUACAUGUUUCGGACCCAGAGGAACACUCUUCCUUCCACAAAAACCCUACAUGACUGACGGCACUCUGCGCGAACAGGUGAUUUACCCACUGAAGGAUAUUUACCCUGCAUCAGGGUCAGUGGAUGAUGACAGAAUUAUACAGUUCUUAGAACUUGCUGGAGUGUCCAGCCUUCUGAAAAGGACUGGUGGGCUGGAUGAGAAGGUUGACUGGAACUGGUCGGACGUUCUGUCUCCUGGUGAAAUGCAGCGCCUUUCCUUUGCACGGCUCUUCUACCUGCAGCCAAAAUACGCCAUUUUAGAUGAGGCCACGAGUGCUUUGACGGAGGAAGCGGAGGCACAGCUGUACCGGACGUGCAAACAGCUGGGCAUGACUUUGGUCAGUCUAGGCCACCGUAGCAGCCUGGUAAAGUACCACGAUGUCCAGCUGAAGCUGUGUGGAGGAGGCCGAUGGGAGGUGACUAAACUAAAAGGAGCCAGAGAAGAGGCAACGUGAACUCUGACAUGAGAAAACGUGGGAGGAUCAUCCAAAGUGCUGAGGUCACCCAAACCGUCCAGGUCGCACUCCACGACUUUCCGCAGGACCCUCCGCAUGAUCUUACCAGAGCGAGUCUUCGGCAGACGUGUAACAAACUGCAACACACGCGAGAGGAAAGUCAAAUCACUGAGGAGUCGUUCAAAUCUAAGUUGCACC